AUGCAACGUGCCACCAUCACUGGCCUUCGUAUCAGGUCUCCCGCCGACGCCCGUGUCAUCUUCCACUCCGUAUUUCUCAAUAUCCUGCCCAUGGUCACCCGCCGGCUCGACACCGAGGAGAGGAGCCUAAUAUCAACAGGAUCUGUCUAUGUCUGGGAGGAACGAGGCCCACACGCCGAACUUACUGGCGUUGGAAUUGAACGCUGGACAGACGGUAUUCGAUGGGGACCUUCGAGAGUACGAGAGGGUUUCUUAUUCUACCAUGAGAAGCCGUCCUCACAACAACUAUACGGCGAGAGCAUGUUGCCCGGCUACGAUCCCACCCGGUCUGGGCUAAUCAAGCAGACAUAUACGGUCUACGUCGAGACACCGAGAGGUCAACGGAAAUGGCAUUUGAUUGCCUAUUUCACAGAAGACACAAUCACUCGGUUGCGAUCUAUUGAUGACAUUCCCCAGCUGGCGUCGCUUGCCGUUCCCCCCGGGCGAUACAAGAGUGCACGUUCAGCGAAGGGUCGGCCAGAUCAUAUCUUCAAUCCUGACUCUGAGAGCCCGGUCUUCUCGCGCCUGGAGUAUGUGCCGUACGCCCCACGAACAUCGCCGCCACCACCUCAACCCCAACCUCUAACCCCUCUUCAAGCACAACACCCGUACCAAUCACACAGACAUUCAGAGUCACCUGUAUCACCAGUAUCGCCUGUAGAGCGUCCGAUUUCGGUUCCCCAUGCUCCUGGACCUGCCAGUUCGACAUCAUCCUCCAUAUCAGACGACAGCAAAAACCUGGUCCCCCUGUGCUACCUACAAGAUAAUCCGCCGCCCCGGCGGCACCCGACAGACGAGAAGGUGCUGAUGCUAUUGACGUCUCGGUGUUUCCACGACAAGCAGCGGUCACUGCUGUCACCCAGCCCACUUCCACGACCUCAAUACUAG